UGCUGUGCGUGAAUUUUCUUCAUUGGGAAGAUUUUAAUAGGAAUUGCCUACUGUGUUUUGGAACACAACAACAAUUUAUUCACAAGUUCCUACUGUUUUGAGUGUAUUGUAUAAAAUAUACAUGUUUUGUGAUAUUUUCGAGUGAAUGUAAUAAUGGCGAACAAAUUGUUGCUGGAUGAAAUUACCAAUACCUUACGGGAAAGGGUGUUUUUCGCAGCGAGGGAUGGAAUGUCCCUGACACUGUACGCUUUGUUGUACGAGAAAAGCACUGAUGAAAUUGACGAACUCCUAAACACUGACGUCUGCUGUGACGGAGUGAAAUGUACACCACUGAUAGCUGCAGCCAGGCAUGGCAGGGAGGGUGCAGUCAGAAUAAUAUUGAUGAAGUUCCGCCCACCUGUCAGACUGGAAACAGAGGGAACUGUCAAAUUUGACGAAUAUGUCAUAGAAGGCGCCACAGCACUUUGGUGCGCGGCCGGCGCUGGCCACCUGGGUAUAGUUAAACGGCUAGUCCGCGCCGGGGCCAACGUGAACCACGCCACUAGAACCCUGAGCACUCCCCUCCGCGCCGCCUGCUUCGACGGCAGACUCGAUAUAGUAAAGUACCUGGUCAGGCAUGGCGCGGACAUACACAAGGCGAACAAGUAUAACAACACGUGUCUUAUGAUCGCCGCGUACAAAGGUCACUUGGAUGUGGUUCAGUUUUUACUAGACAGCGGCGCUCGCGUGGACGAGCGAGCCCUAUGCGGCGCCACCGCUUUGCACUUCGCGGCGGAAUGCGGCCACUCGGAAGUUGUCUGCGCACUCAUCGACCACAAUGCGAAGAUACUCACGAAUGAAAACGGUAUGACACCGCUGCAAUGCGCGGCUGAACGCGCUCGGGUGUCCGUGGUAGAGCUACUGGCGUCCCGACCGGAAGUGACUCGCGCCCAGUCGAUAGAGGCCUACGAGCUAUUAGGUGCUUCCUUCGCUAACGACAAGGAAUAUUACUGUUUGAGGAUGGCGUACCAGUACCUACACAGAGCGAUGGCGAUGCGGUACGACACGCGGUACGGACAGCUGCUUAAGAAACCCGCGGAUCCCAUUCCUGCAUAUGACAAUUGGAGAGAGAGCGUUACGUUAGAGGAUGUCGAACGCCUUCACGGCAAUCCUCACGCUUUGCACAUGGAAGGGCUGACGGUCCGGGAGCGUAUCCUGGGCAGGACCUGUCCGGAUCUACCACAUCCUGUCGUGUUCCGCGGCGCCGUGUUCGCGGACGAAGCGCGCUUCGACCGAUGCCUAGCUUUAUGGAAACACGCGCUGGCUUUGAGGCAUCAGAACCAGGUAUCCGUGGUAAAAGACUUGCUGAGAUUUGCUCAAGUGUUCUCACAAAUGAUUCACAUUGGAAUCGAACUGCCACUUGCUCAGGUAUGUUAUGUGUUAGAAGCGUGCUCUGAGGAACUGAGGAGAGGCACGAAAAGGGUGGAGAAACCACACACUAAUCACGACCCAGAUGCUUUGAUAUUCCUCGUCACAGUAAGACAAAAUCAGGAGGAAUAUGAAAGCAAUGUACGCACAGCACUUUACUUGGUCGCGGUAGCGGCGAGACUUCUAGAAAAUUCCGACAAUGACGAAGAAACAACCAGCGCAGUUCGGAGAGCGAUAUUCAGGUUACGCAACGCGAGGUUAAGAUCGGGACAGACGUUACUCCACCUCGCUGUUGACAGGCGGACGCCGGUUGACGACUUCCAUACUAGCGACGUGUGCCAGUUUCCAUGCAUGAGGACGACGCGACUGUUACUUGAGUGCGGUCUAGAAGUUGACGCAGCGGACGAUUUGCGCAGAACGGCUUUGCAUAUCGCGCUAAUAUCGUAUCAACUUAUACCUGACGAGAGAAAUCAAUUGCGAGAGGCUGUGUGCGGGAGUGUCUGCGAGCUAUUAGCGCGAGGGGCUCACGUGGACGCUGUGGACGAAGCCGGCAUCACUCCCCUAGUCGCCGCUAUUGGUGGGCCGGCAGAAAGCCUAGUCCGCGCCGCACUCAGUCCGCGGCUCUCCUGCCUCGCGGCGGCAGCCCUGGCUUUCCACGGCGGCACGUACAGGCCUUCACAAGUACCAAGAGAUCUGCACCCCUUCCUCGCCAUGCACGGAGUCAGCCCGAGUACCAGCCCUAGUUAAGCCACUCCACAGCCCUAGUUAAGCCAAUUUAAUGAAAUAGCCAUAUAGAUGUACUUCGGGCUAAAUUUAAAAUACUGUCUCCCAUUUACAGAUAACUCCUUUACAUAAUAAUGGACAACUUUUGUUCGGAAUUUAAAAAAAACACAUAGAUUAAAAAUACUUUUUGGCUCUGCAUUUUAUAGUACAAACUCCGUGCGCACUAUGAGUUCCGACGUUAAAAAAAAACAUACAUAAAAAAAAUUUGUUCUGUCUGAUGCUUUUUACUAAAGUAUUUUUUAGGAAAACUUCUGGCGCCCUGUGAUUUAAUAUUUAUUCUGAGUAAGCAAUAAUCCAUUGUUUUACUUUCAAUUGUUGCGAUCAUUCAUUAAUUUAAAUAAUGUUUCGAUAUUCGAAGGUGACCUAUGGAAGCAAUAUAAUGAUAAUUAUGUAAGAUAUUUUUUCUGUGGCUAUUUUUUUUCUGGAUUUUUUAAAUCCCGAUUCUUGCUAUCUUUCAUUAAUAACGUCUAAAAAGUAACUUUGAUAUUAUUGCGUUU